GGUAAUGGCGUAACACUGAUGCACCGACCUCGUGAUACGAGCAGUUUCGCUUCAGAUCGAAACAUUCGAUAUACCGUUGAUACUUAUGAGGGGAAUUACGAGGAGUCAGAUGGAAGGCCAGCGACGCGGGAAAGUCUGAUGAUGGCACUUGCUAAUUUGGACACGAUGCUCAUUCGGGCCUCUCAUUGCCAUGGACAGCAAUCUACAAGUCUUGGCGACGUAAGUUGGGAAGUGGCGGUAAAUCGCGACACCCAGGAAAGGCUGGCUCUCGAAAACCGCGCAAGAUUGUUUAUUACAGGUUAUACCGGAUUAUCAUGCGAGGAGUGCGCCCCAGGAUACGAGCGUUCGCGUCAGGGACCGUAUCUGGGCACAUGUGUACCCGCUCAACGCUACCCCCAGUGCUCAGCAGCAGGUGCUUUGAGCACGCAGCCUGCAUACGGUGGUCAGUGUCAGUGUAAAACCUAUGCAACAGGUGCAUUGUGCGACCAGUGUCCAGCGAACAGUUUCUAUAUGUCGGCAAGCAAUCCACAGGGCUGCAUACCAUGUUUCUGCUCCGGAGUAACGCAACACUGCUCGUCGUCCAACUACUAUCGAACUCAGGUUCAACUGGAUUACAGUCGCGGAGCCAGCGAUCAGUUGGAGAUUACCACAAGUGAUGCUCACAGUCCAUUCCGGUAG